CACGAACAUCACCCCAUCGCAUCACCAUUCACGAGUCAAUCCUGUACCAGAACAUCCUAGGUCUGAACGCCGAACACCAUAACGCAAAAUGAAGCUCGUUAUCAGCUCUCUUCUGUUGGCGCUGCUGGCCAUCUUCGCCGCCGCCGCUGUGGAACCGAAGCACCAAGUCAUAAUAAGCUAUCCGAAAGACACCCCUGCUUCGAUCAUGGAGGAUGCGAAGAAAGCCAUCAUAGAGGCUGGAGGAUUCAUAACCCACGAAUACCAUCUUAUCACUGCCAUCGCCGCAACGGUACCGGCGAAGAUUCUAGACACUAUCCAGGCCGCCGGCGCAGGACACAAUGUCCUAAUCGAAGAAGACGGCGAAGUCUCUAUCAACGCUCAUGGAGCUCUAAAUUAGCUUGGGCGGGAUGGUCCAACGCUGUGAACGGCGGGCUCGACAUGCUCACCCCGCAGCUACCUAAGACGAAGAAAUGUUGGCGCCGCGGGAAUCGUGUGGAAAUACAGUACACAUCUUCUUUUGCUUGUGCUCGCGACAUAGGCAGUAUACACAUAACUUUGUGCGGAUGAUCAACUUCACUGCCUGAGGACGCUUUUGUUGUAAGGCGCAUUCACAGAUGCGGCUCCAUCGCAAUCCAAUCAUACCCUUGGGCGGCCGUCAUUUCGCAACUGACCGCCAGUGCGGAGAACCCAAGGGACUUUCAUGUACUCAGUACACUAUACACCAUUGAGGAAUACGACGAAAAGCCACGCUGUGAGACAGCAGAGUGCGGGGCAAGGGUCGCUCAAACUUUCGUCUCUCUUUGCUAGCCGGCGCCAUUGCACCAAAUGUGGUUAAUGGACGAAAGAGGCCGCCGUGCAGUUCUCCUAAUGAGGCGCUGCUUACUGCUGCUUCGCCUAGCAAGGUUCUCCGCUGCAUACUCCAUCCGGCCAAAGCUUUCACGGUUCGUCUCGCAAGCGGUUUCUCAGACCAGAGAUUGGUGCUUCAUCAUCCAACGUGCUUCCGCUAUCAGCCCUGCUAGGUAAUGUGGCUGCCACGCGCAGCAUCCAGCUCGACCGCUCGGAUACCGAUGCAUAACCAACCAAAUAACUGG